AUGGGCCAAUACUGGAUCCUGUGCUGUCUUGACACGAGAGAACAUCUGCCUACCGGUGGUAUUAAACUGGGAGAGUUUCUGUUCGAUUGUUCAACUGGGCACAUGACAGAUCUCCUUGCCGUGCCUGUUCCACCGAAACGUUCAAGCCUGAAAUUCAAAAGCGCCGCGACUUCUCACUCGCCUUUCUUCAAGCUCCCUGCGGAAAUCCACGAUCUUGUAUUCGAGAAACUUGACAUUUUCGAUGUAGUUGCUCUCAGCCUUACCAAUGGAUAUCUUUUCAACAUCGCUGAGAGACACAUCAACGCUGCGUACAUGUCUCUUCUGGGCCAAUGGGCCGGAAAGCGUCUUAUGUGCAUAGGCGACUACCUUGAGGUCGGGGAUGAACCGUCUUGGUUCAGCGAUGAGGACAAGAGGCUGCUCUAUCCGAAAAAUGCGAAUGGUGGAGAUAUUUCCACGACAUAUAGCGUCAAGCUAUUUUCAGGCCUGGUCUACCAGAUGCGUAACCAUCUCGAGAGGAUGAACGACCCUCUUCUCGCCAAGAAGGAGCAGUGGGUAAACCGUCUGCGUGAGAUCAUCUGUCCACCGCUAAAGACAUUCUAUCCGGAAAACCAGCCGUGGGUUCUGCGGAACUUGACUACUAAAGAGUUUGUGCACGCUGAAGCGAUCGCGCUGAAGAAGGAGCAUAUUCAUGGACCGGAUAUCGAUUUUCGAGGAUUUGGGGAGUUGGUCGUGUCUCGUAUCUGCUGGUCUUCAGAUCCGUCUGUUUCGAUGAAGAACACUACCCGAAUUCAUCGCGGAAAAUGGACCGGUCAUCGAUUUGAUAUCACCACGCUGGCGAGACACGAACUUGACAUGAAGAAAGAUACGUGGAAGGAUGUUAGUGAGGAAGCCAAGAGGGAACUUCAUAUGAUUUGGUACAGCGAAUUCUCCCAUGAAACCGUGGAACAGUUUGAGGCUAUGUUGAAUAACUGGAAUGUUAAAACGGUGCGGAGGGCUGAAGCUCCCCUAUAG